CCCACCCCCCUCCUCCUCCGCGCUCCACCAUGCUGGUCACCAAGCGCAACGGCACCCGGGUGCCCGUUGACCAGGCGAAGAUCAUCGCCCGCAUCCAGAACAUCUCCCAAGGCCUGGACCUGAACUUCGUCGACCCGGAGGAGAUCGCCAUCCGCGUGCAGAGCGGCAUGUAUGAGGGCGUGGCCACCGCCGACAUUGACAGCCUCAUUGCCGAGACCGCCGCCUACAAGACCACCCAGCACCCGGACUUCGCCCUCCUGGCCGCCCGUGUGUCGGUCUCCAGCCUGCACAAGCAGACCCCGGCCACUUUCUCCGAGGCUGUCGACAAGCUUUUCAACUACACCGAUGCCCAGACUGGCCGCUCCAUGGCCCUCGUGUCCGAGGCCUUCCACCAGACCGUCAUGGCCAAUGCCGAGGUCCUGAACGCGGCCAUUCGCAAUGAGCGCGACUUCGAAUACCAGUUCUUCGGCUUCAAGACCCUCGAGCGCAGCUACCUCCUGCGCGUCAACGGCAAGGUUGUCGAGCGCCCGCAGUACAUGAUCAUGCGCGUGGCCGUCGGCAUCCAUGGCAGCGACAUCCCCGCCGCCCUGGAGACCUACGAGUACAUGUCCCAGCGCUACUUCACGCAUGCCUCGCCGACCCUCUUCAACUGUGGGUCUCCCCGGCCGCAGCUGUCGUCUUGCUUCCUGCUCACCAUGAAGGACGACUCGAUUGAUGGCAUUUACGACACCCUGCGCCAGUGCGCCCUCAUUUCCAAGACCGCCGGCGGCAUCGGCCUCAAUGUUCACAACAUCCGCGCCACCGGGUCCUACAUUGCCGGCACCAAUGGCUACUCCAACGGGCUGGUCCCGAUGCUGCGUGUGUUCAAUGCCACCGCGCGUUACGUCGACCAGGGUGGCAACAAGCGCCCCGGCGCGUUUGCCAUCUACCUGGAGCCCUGGCACGCGGAUGUGGAGUCCUUCAUCGAGCUGCGCAAGAACACCGGCGCCGAGGAGACUCGUGCCCGUGACCUCUUCUUUGCCCUGUGGGUGCCGGAUCUUUUCAUGAAGCGCGUGGAGUCCGGCGGCGACUGGUCGCUGUUCUGCCCGCGCGAGGCCCCGGGCCUGCACGAGUGCUAUGGCGAGGAGUUCGAGACCCUCUACCAGCGUUACGAGUCCGAGGGGCGUGCCCGCAAGGUCAUGAAGGCCCAGCUGCUGUGGCGCAAGAUCAUGGAGGCCCAGGUGGAGACCGGCACCCCCUUCAUCAUGUACAAGGAUGCCUGCAACCAGAAGUCCAACCAGAAGAACCUCGGUACCAUCAAGUGCUCGAACCUCUGCACCGAGAUCGUCCAGUACACCAGCAACGACGAGGUGGCCGUGUGCAACCUGGCCUCCAUUGCCCUGCCGCAGUUUAUCCACACCUGCCCGGAGACCGGGGCCAUGUCGUAUGACUUUGAGAAGCUGCGCACCGUCACCGGGGUCGUGGCCCGGAACCUGGAUCGCAUCAUCGACAUCAACUACUACCCGGUGGAGGAGGCCCGGAACUCCAACCUCCGUCACCGGCCGAUUGGCAUCGGUGUCCAGGGCCUGGCCGAUCUGUUCAUCAUGAUGCGCAUGCCGUUCGAGAGCCCGGAGGCGCGUGCCCUCAACAAGGCCAUCUUCGAGACCAUCUACUUCGCGGCGGUCGAGGCGUCCUGCCAGACGGCCGAGCGCGUCGGCCCGUAUGCCUCGUACGAGGGGUCCCCGGCUUCGGCCGGCCAGCUCCAGUUCGACCUGUGGGGUGUGACCCCCUCCGACCGGUGGGAUUGGGCCGGCCUGAAGGAGCGCAUUGCUCGUCAUGGCCUGCGUAACUCGCUCCUGGUGGCCCCGAUGCCGACGGCCUCCACCUCGCAGAUCCUCGGCUUCAAUGAGUGCAUCGAGCCCUACACCUCCAACAUCUAUGUCCGUCGUGUGCUGUCCGGGGAGUUCCAGAUGGUCAACCCCCACCUGAUCAAGGACCUCAUUCGCAUUGGGGUGUGGAAUGACAAUGUCCGGCAGAUGAUCAUCGCCGCCGGUGGCUCCGUCCAGCGGGUGCCUUCCAUCCCCGAUGACCUGAAGGCCCUCUACAAGACCACCUGGGAGAUCAGCCAGCGGUCCAUCAUCGACAUGGCCGCCGACCGGGGUGCCUUCAUCGAUCAGAGCCAGAGCCUGAACAUCUUCAUCGGCGAGCCCACCGCCAGCCGGUUGACUUCCAUGCACUUCUAUGGCUGGAAGAAGGGCCUCAAGACCGGCAUGUAUUACCUGCGCACCAAGCCCGCGGCCGAGGCCAUCAAGUUCACGGUUGACCAGCAGCUGCUCAAGACCCCGGGCGGCAGCGUCACCAACACUCCGCGCAUGCGCGGUGGCACUGCCACCAUCACGGCUGCCGCCCCGGCGGCCGACCCGGCCAGCCUCUCGCCGGAGUCGCGCAAGGCCGCGGCCGGUGGGUUCCCCACCCCGGCCAUCGGUCUGGCAGCCACCCUGGCCCGCAUGAGCCUGACUGAGGAUUCGUCUGCCACUUCCUCCGCCACCACCAUCACCCCGCCGGCUGUUUCGCCGCUGGCCACCGCGGCCGAUGCCGACGCCGUCGAGAGCGACAUGCAGGCUGCCGCCGAUGCGGCCGCCGCCGGCCAGGAGGAGGCCUACCCCACGCUGACCCGCGAGCAGGAGAUGCAGCUUCUCUGCUCGCUGGAGAACCCGGAGUCCUGCACCAUGUGCUCCGGUUAAGCGGAGCGCGCGUGCGUGUGUGUGUGUGUCUCCGUGUGGGACACAUGCGCGGGAGAGACCGGCAGGUAGUGGGCCUGUGUGGAUGCAUGUGUGUCUGUGUGUGCGCGAGGGAGAGGAAGAAACACAGAGUAAACGUUCUGGCGACACGCAGCCAGCGUGGGCCCUCUUGUUCCGUGCCCCCCCUCUCUCUCUCUCUCUCUCUGUCUUGUUGUCUUGCUCGUGGCACUCUCCGGCUGUGCGCAAGCAUGCGCACAGACAGACACACACACACACACACGCGUACACAUAUCAUCCGUGCUACUCAUGUGCAUGGGCCCCUUCUCUCGUCUCCACGCCAAUCCCCCUCACCCUCGACCUUGCAGUUUCCUUUUUUUUUUACCCCCCCCCCCUCUGUUCCCUCCUAACAUACAGCGCUUGGCACGACCGCCAAUCGGAGGAGUGUAUACUAGCAUCUUGUUUUCAAAUAUAAAAGCUACA